GUCUAUGUUCCUACUGUAUUCGAAAACUAUGUUGCUGACGUCGAAGUAGAUGGCAGGCACGUUGAAUUGGCCUUAUGGGAUACUGCUGGUCAGGAAGAUUAUGAUCGUCUACGACCUCUCUCUUACCCUGAUUCUCAUGUUAUUUUGAUUUGUUUUGCGGUUGACUCUCCCGAUUCUUUGGAUAACGUACAAGAAAAAAAAGAUUUGAGAUUUGAUCCUAAGACUAUUGAAGAACUUCGCAAGACUUCUCAAAGGCCUGUUACGCCUGAAGAGGGUAUGGGUGUCUCUCAAAAAAUCGGUGCUUAUAAAUAUCUGGAGUGCUCAGCCAAAACUGGUGAGGGC